UGUUACUUAAUUUAUACAUUAUGGACUUUGAUAUCAUCAAUUUUCUACUUUUCUUCAGUCGGUUACUUCUCAAUUCUCAACAAUAUGAAAAUCUUGCCAAUAGGAAAUCUGUGACAGUCAGUAGUAGGUACAAUGAUGGACAUUUUUCACCAAGUAACGCUGUGGAUGGAGACAGGAGUACAUAUCCGCUGGAUUGUUCACUUACAGCUUCCGGUCAGAAGGAGGCGUGGUUAUCGGUUGAUCUCGGGAAGAAGAAAAAUAUAGCAUCGAUAUCAAUCUUACAUGGGAGGUUAGGUCUCAAUGCAUCCUCAAUGAGAUCAUCUGACUCUGGUCUCUUUGCUGAUUCCAAUGGAGACGGGGCAGUGUUUGUUGCUAAUCCAUUAAGAAGGAUUUGUUCGAGUAGUUUUGAUGAAAAAGAUGCCCAGGUUGUUUGCUUGGCUUGGGGAUUUCUACCAGAUAAUCCAUCUAAUAGCAUAGCUAGAGUUUCCGCAGCGGAUCCAUUACCAUUUUAUAACCUCUUGAACUGUGUAGGCAAUGAAGUUAACAUAAAUCUAUGUCCAAAGGGAUCAUCUAGCUGUCCAUCAGGAUUAGCUGCAGCUGUAAAAUGUCAAAAUGGUAACACACUCUCUGGAUUUUCUGUGUAUGUAUCUGAUACAGAAGACUGGAGGUCAGGAACUCUGUGUUAUCAUCAUGACAUACAACAACAACCACACAAUAACUUCACAUUAGACUGUGUCACUUCCGGUCGCUACGUCACUGUUUACAAUAGAAGAAAUAUAACAUCAUUUCCUAAUGUAUCCGAAUUUUCGUAUAUAAAUAUAUGUGAAGUCGAGGUAAAAGGAUGUGACUUUGGCUUUUACGGAGAAAACUGCACGAGAUGUUCUGAGAACUGUUUGAAUAACACAUGUCACUUUCAAAUUGGAGAAUGUUUUGAGUGUAACGAUGGAUACACUGGACGGUAUUGUGAAACAGAGUGCCAAGCUGGUAAAUAUGGACAAGGAUGUUCUGUCUCAUGUGGACAGUGUAUCAGUAAUAAACAGUGUAACCACGUGAAUGGAUCCUGCCCUGGAGAUUGUUCUCCUGGAUGGAGGGGAGAUAAAUGUGAUCAAAAAUGUCAGUAUGGAUACUUUGGUCAGAACUGUAAUACUUCUUGCUACAUUCCAAAUUGUAAAAACAGUACCUCAUGUGACGCUAUAACAGGGGAGUGUUUGGAUGGCUGUGUUAAGGGUUGGGCUGGGAGGACAUGUAAUGAAUGUGACCAAGGUUUCUAUGGACAAGAAUGUAAUAUGACAUGUAGUGAAUUCUGCAGGGUUGGACUCUGUUAUCCCACUUCCGGUCGAUGUGAUGGUUGUGUUGCUGGUAGAUCAGGGGAUUUCUGUGAAACUGAAGUGGUAGUGAAUAAUGCUGGUGCAGUUGUAUCUGAGGAAGCGCCUUUCCUGAUGAUUGGUGUGGCGGUCGGGGCCCUGGUCCUGAUAUUAUUAGUACUCUUUAUCAUCUGCCUGAUUGUAAGACGGAAAAGAAGACUCGACACGAAGACAGAAGAUGCUAUUGGACUACAGGCACAGAUCACCCCGACAUCAGAAAGAAAAGUUAAUUAUUACUUAGAUCAAAUUGACCAGGAUGGAAAAGGGGAUCAGGCAAACGUUUAUUACAAUGUAAGUUACGUCGUAAACUCAGAGCAGCAAGAAGAAUCGGAGCAAGAAGAAACCGAAAGCGAGAUAGAAACAGGAGAUGACCUACAAGAAAUCGAGCUGAUAAGUGAAAAUUUAGGGGACAUUCCCGUGAAAGAGCUGCACGAUUACAUAUUAAGGAAGCAUGAAAAUACAGACGAAGGCUUUAAGGCUGAAUUUAAAGCUUUACCAGAGGGAGAUAUAAACCGUUGCAGUGUGGGAACAUUGGAGAAAAAUAUUUUGAAAAAUAGAUUUAAAAACACACUACCUUACGAUCACUCAAGGGUAAUUUUAACGGAUCCCUAUGGCGAAGAUUACAUCAACGCUAACUUCAUUCCUAGUAUGCUCAGAGAGAAAGAAUACAUAGCAUGUCAAGGUCCAAAAGCAACUACAGUUAAGGAUCUAUGGCGUAUGAUCUGGCAUGAGAAGGUGACCACCGUUGUAAUGCUUACCGGCAUCAUUGAGGGACAAAAGAGAAAAUGUGAGCAGUAUUGGCCAAACCAAGGAAGAACAAUCAUCUAUGGCAAAUUAGCUGUUACCAACAAGCACGAGACGGUGUAUGCAUGUUAUACAGUGAGAAAUCUAGAAGUUCGGAAUACUCAGGACAAAAAUGAUGUACCUCGAACUAUGACCCACUUUCACUUUACUGGUUGGCCAGAUCAUGGCGUUCCGUCGACGUCACAGCUACUUUCAUUUUACUUCAAAGUAAGAGAGCAGAUGUCAAGUGCGAAACAGAAAAGACCUAUUAUAGUCCACUGCAGUGCCGGCGUCGGGAGAACGGGCACAUUUAUUGCUAUAGAUGCCCUGGUACAGUAUGGGUUGAAGACCGGAAGUGUAAACGUCACUAAAUACGUCAGCAUUAUGAGAAAAGAGAGAAUGCAUAUGAUCCAAACAUCGGGCCAAUACAUCACUGUUUACAAGUGUUUAGAUGAAUAUUUCAACUUUCCACGCCACGUGGUCUCACGUGACAAGUUGACCAAUCACACUGCAGAUAAAGAUGGACUGCACAAGGAAUAUACAGAGUUCGCCAAUUACAUCAGACAACAAAGGCAGUAUGAAGCUAUGACCGCUGUAGAGGAAGCAGAGACAAAGACUAACCAACCAUUGGUUGUAGGAGAAUAUCCUUCUAUGUGGCUGGAAGAUGGAAUAAUGGUGUGUCGCUAUCCAAAGGCGAAAGAGGUCUCAGAGUUAAUGGCGAUAAUAAUGGAUUGUUCACCAUCUGUUAUUAUGACCUUAGAUUCUCUUGAUGAGCAGCUCACAACAAAGCAGUGGAUUCCAGAGGACCAUGAUUUGGUCAUCGGUAGAUAUGUUGUAAAGAAGACGAAGAGUAGAGUGGUCAGCCUAUGUAGAAGAAUAUCUACAACAAGGAUUACUAUUCAGCAUGGGGAUGAUGAAGAAAUUGAUGUCAGAACUGUACAGGCUAUGCCUUCAGACGAUUCCGUGUAUUCCAACACCACACAGCUUUCUGACAUCAUUGAUGCCGUAACAAGCAUGACACUGGAAAGAGAAAAGCCGAUUAUCAUAAUGCACAAAGAUAACAACACCGAGGUUCUGAUGGCAGCAAUCGUGUUAAAUUCCCUGCAUCAACUGAUGUAUGAAGGGGAGACAGACAUGUGUUUCAUGGCCAGAUAUCUGCAGGCGAACCAGCUUUCUGCUAUCCUUAGUUAUGAACAAUUUGAGGAGUGUUACAAACUUCUGUUCGUUUCAGAUUUUCAACAAAAGAGAUCAUAGUGGAGAAAACCGAAAGACAAGAAGAUCUUUACGCAAACUGAAAAGAUUGAAUGUUUUGCUGCACAGUUUGCCAAAUUAACAGGACCCAUUUGCAUCUUAAGUUUAUGUAUUAAAUAACGUAUAUUUUUGUUUUAUGUUGCUCUAGCAAUUGACAACUUCAGCCUUUAAAAUGAAAAUUAAUAUUAACAUUAAAACUACAAAAAUAAUAUUUACAUUUAAACUACAAAAGGUCAAGAUAUAGUACAUAAUAGAUGCCUAGUGAUUUAUCAAAUAGGAGAAAACAGUUUUUUUUUUCAAUAACACUUUGCAAAUAUGACUUGGUAAAAUAAAGUGUUUCCGGACAUUAUGUUUGGAUAUAUUAUUACUGGAAAAUAUGUUUUAAACAGUAAUUUUCAAUGAAAAACAAAGUCAGAUAUAAAUUUUAAUGUCUUUGUUUUCAAUCUCAGUCAAUAAAAAUAUAGCAAUAUAUUGCAGUUUCUCGGAAAACGGUUUUCUAUUUUUUCUAUAUAUGAUUUAUAUUUGAAUAUAAUGAAAAUGCAUCAUUCCUACAAAGUUUCUACACGGAUGUAAAGUACCAAAAAAUAAGCUUAAAUCAAUGCUAAAGUCAUAAAGGAUCUAGCAUUAAAAAGACUCAUUAACUAGAUCUUGACCUUGGGAAAAGGGCACGAAGUCUUGUUUGGGGUUGCACUUCAUCAGAGAACGUACUUUCUUCUCUUUGAAAUAUUCACGAUGGAAUUUUUCUAGCGUUCAAUCUUGUUCCGCAUAUCCAUCAAUGUCUUUUUACUGUAGAAUUAUUUUUCUUAUAAUAACCUUUCGAAUAAAUGUGCAAUAGUUACAUUAUCUAAUGUUAUAUAUUAAUAGGACUUAACAUUGAGUGGAAGUUUACAAGAAACUGUUGACUUCGAAAGUUUUAUAAUGGAAAUAAUUGUCGUCUUAAUAUAGAUAAGCUUAUGAUUUUGAUAUGUAUCAUGUAUUAUGGUGCUCGAUUAGUUUAUUUAACUACAGGAAAUUUGUAUUUUUUUAAUAAGUUGGGUAAUGAUACAUUGAUUACUCAAUGAUUAUUGUAUCCUAUGCUAUAUUAUGUGGGUGGUUUUGUCAACAUUUUUAACCAUUUAUAAGGAUAACGGUGUCAUAUUCAUUAUCAUAUCGAAUAUUUAACUUUUUUUAAAUAAAACAUAUAACUCGAAAUGUUUUUUUUUUUA